AUGUGGAGGGCGGUCUCUAAUUGUCUAGCUACAAGGGUCAAUCUUUGCAUCAAGAAGGUGUUGACAGAUAGUGUUUGUCCCUUGUGUGGUAUUUAUGCUGAAACUGAAAUACACCUAUUUGUGACAUGCCAAUUCGCAAGCUCUUGUUGGGAAGAAGGUGCUGUUGCAGAUGCCAGCCGAAACAAUAGCACCCUUCUGCAAUGGAUGUCCUUCAAUGCUCACAGUAAAGACAAUGAAAAGCUCAGCCGAAUAGUCAUGCUUUGUUGGGCACUAUGGUCGGCUAGAAAUGAUCUAAUUUGGAAGGCUCGUGUUCGAAAUGUAAGUGAUGUAGUUGCUUUUGCUUCCUCAAGUCUUGAUCAAUAUGUUAAAGCUCAAGGUAAAGGAAACAUUCCUUCACAGUCACCCCUCAAAGAUGGUGAUGGUUCGGAGCUUUGGAAAAAACCGUUAUCAGGCAUCAAGCUUAACGUAGAUGCAGCUAUAUUCGACCGGGAUUCAAAACAUGGAUUUGGUUGUGUGGUGAGGGACUCUAGUGGAGAAAUGCUCUCGGUUUUUGCUGGUGUGAAACUCGGCAAAGUCUCCCCGGAGUUAGCUGAAAUUAUUGGCAUAAGAGAGGUCCUCAGCUGGCUCAAGGACCGCGGGUUCACGGACGCUGCAGUAGAGACGGACAGCUUGGUCUGCGUUGAGGCCAUUCGUCAUACUGCAAGCUUCAAUUCUGGUUUCGGUUUGGUUGUGGAGGACUGUAAAAUUUUGCUAAAAAAUCUGUCACAUGUUUCUUUGUUUUUCGUUAAGCGUUCUGCGAACCGUGCCGCGCACUUUGUUGCCCGCCACUCUAUUACUCUCGCUGAAUGCAUGUUCUCAAUUAAUAGUGUUCCCCUAGAGUUGUUAUCCAUUCUCAUGAGCGAUAGCUCCUCUUAA